AUGUACUCAAUCCGCAAUCCUGUGUUCAAGGCGCAUGCGACCAAGGCUGGCCGGACGAACAAUCCACCAAAUGAAAUACCUCCAAAGAUUUGGCGGGAAAUGGUUCGCAAAUGGUCAGACCCUAGCUGGGUGGAUACAAGUGACAAGAACAAGGAGAGCCAUGAGAAAUGUGAGCUAAAGUCAACUUGUGGUUCUGCUCCCUUGGCAAUGUACAGAUUGGAAAAGAUCAAGAAGACAGGCAGAGAACCUGAUCCUAAUGAGACUUUCAGGAAGUUUCAUUCAACAAAGGAUAAUUUCACCACUCCCAAGGCUCAGGCUCUACAUGCUGGAAUGAAGGCCAAGGAGGCAGAGAAGUUGAGCAAAAGGGAGGACGUGAACACGUUUGCUAUUUAUGGAGAGGUGGUAGGCCAGCAGCGAAGGAAGCGAGUGCUUGGGAUGGGUUGUGGGGUCAGUGGCCUGGAUGUGUUUGGCUCUACUUCAAGCCAAGGCUGCAGCAAAAAAUGCAAAGAGGAUCAAAGGAUAGAGAAGGAGAAGAGCGAUGAGAAGAUGAGAAUGAUGGAAGAACAAAUCGAGCAGGUGAACCGUAAUAUGCCUCUGGUUGUCGAGGCGACGCUGAAGAGGCUUGGAAUCCAGCUGCCAAAGCUGCAAACAACAAUGACAUGGAUGAUGAUGAAGAAGUUGAUGGUGAGGAAGAAGAUGACGACAGUGAAGAUGACGAGGAGGGUGACGGGACAAACUGAUGAUGCAGUGGUCGACGUGCAAUGGAGGUCUGCAGCUAGGAGUGUUGUUUAUUCGUUGUGUUUUUUCCUUUGUUAG